ACGGUGGAAUUUGUCCGCAUUUCGGCGCGGGGCGGGGAUUUUUGCCCGUCUGUCACGCAGUGCUCGGGUGUGGUAUAAAGCCUGGCGGAGAUGUGGAGCAGUCAGACCCUGAGGGCGCCCUCGGAGACCAGUGCAGCCCUCUCGACCCGCCCGCCGCCGCCGGGCCCGCAGCCAUGAAGGCCGUCUUUGCACUGCUCCUGCUGGCGGUGCUGGUCGCCCAGGGCUCUGCCCAGUUCGGAUUCGACGACGACCUCUUCGGUGACGAUUUAUUCGAUGAUGAUUUAUUCGAUGAUGACCUCUUCGAUGAUGACCUCUUCGAUGAUGACCUCUUCGACGAUGACAUCUUCGAUGAUGAUUUAUUCGAUGAUGAUUUAUUCGAUGAUGGUUUAUUCGAUGACGACAAUUUCGGCUUUGACGGCUGGCUGAGCCUGCUGAGAGGUCGCGGUCGCUUUGGAGGAAGGUACUUCUUCUCCCACUACUACCGGAUGCUGCGGCUGCUCAAAUACUACCGCCUCUUCGGAUACUUCGGUAGGCCCUACUACGGCCGUGGAUUCGGCAUCGGGGGCCGGCUCGGAGGACUUUUGGGAGGAAUCGGAGGACGGUUCGGAGGACGGUUCGGAAGCAAGUUCGGCGGAAUCAGAGGAAUUGGCGGGCUCGGCGGAGUUGGCGGGCUCCGCGGAAUUGGCGGGCUCCGCGGAGUUGGCGGGCUCGGGGGAGUUGGCGGGCUCGGGGGAGUUGGCGGACUCGGUGCGAUUAGCGGGUACGGAGGUCAGUUCGGAGGUCACCGAGGUAUUGGUCUCAGCGGUCUCCUGAGCGGAGGAAAGCUCGGAGGAGUCGGCGCUCUGGGCGGCGGCGGCGCCCUGGGCGGUGCCGGGUUCGUGGGAGGUCAGAGCUUCACCUCGUCAGGAUUCAACAGCUACUACCGUCCGUACGGGUACAACUAUAGGUACCCCCACUACUACCGGCAGCCCUAUUACAACCAGUACCGGCAGCCGUAUUACAGCCACUACAACUACUACCGGCCCAACUAUGGGUACAGCCACUACUAUAACCCAUACAACCAGUACUACUACGGAGGUCUCGGCCAGGCCAGAUCUGGGGUCUCGGCUGGAACUUCUAGCUAUGGAAAGUAGGCACCGCUAACUGUCGCUAAUAUUGAGAUCAGGGCGGUUUGUGUCACUGCAGCUAUAUGAACUGAAAUCGCUCACACAGUUUCAUUUAUUACGGGCUAAUAAUUCGUGUUCUUUGGGCAGUAAAUUGGAGCUGGGCUUUGCGUUUGAAAAAGCCACGAGAUGUGUACUUUGUACUGGCUCCACUUCCAGAGCAAGGCAUAAUGUUUCAGGAAAUACAGAAGUGUCUUGAUGAAUAAUUAAAACUUGGUGAAUAGGCUCAGUAUCACGCUUGUGGCAAUACAAAUCUGCGCUUGGAUUGCUGUAAGGUCAGGUAAAGGUUUUCACAAUUGGCCUCUAUCCAACUUCUUAUUUGUGUGUUCUGUGUAUGUAACCUAUCUUUAAUUAUGUCUGUGAUCUUGGCAUGACAAUAUACAUUGCAUGACAU